AUGUCCGACCGUGCUCAGCCCGUUCCAACCCUGCCCCAGGGGCCCGGCGGCGGCCAGACCGGCGGGCCGCCGCCCAAAACUCCUCCGGGUCAUCGGCGUGGCACCAGCGGGCCGCCGCCCCAACCUCCUGCGGGCCAUCGGCGUGGCACCAGCGGGCCGCCGCACCAAACUCCGCCGGGCCAUCGGCGUGGCACCAGCGGGCCGCCGCCCCAAACUCCGCCGGGCCAUCGGUGUGGCACCAGCGGGCCGCCGCCCAAAACUCCCCCGGGCCAUCGGCGUGGCACCAGCGGGCCGCCGCCCAAAACUCCGCCGGGCCAUCGGUGUGGCACCAGCGGGCCGCCGCCCAAAACUCCCCCGGGCCAUCGGUGUGGCACCAGCGGGCCGCCGCCCAAAACUCCUCCGGGCCAUCGGCGUGCUCGCAAUGGCAACGGCGGGUCCAAAGCGCCGCAGGACGGGUACGAGGACGCCGAGCCGGUGAAAGUACAGCACCUCUCCGAGGAAAUCAGUCCUCACGUCGACCUUCAGUACGUAACCGAUGAGUCAACAGACCCUAUGACAUGCAGACAUGGAGCAACCAGCAUCAAGGGACCAUAUCCAGCGGAGAAUUAG